CUGCAGCCAAAUUUCAACUCCGGGGACUAAAAACAGCGGUCCAAAAUCAUGGUUGACAAGUCGAUUUUUAGUAAAAAUGUGGUUUUUCUAUAUACAGACUAUUUGUCAAAUAACAUUCACAGUUGACAAGUUUAAGGAACAGCCAUUGAUCAUCAAAUGAUUCAUAAAGAUUCCUAUGAUAGAGGGAAAGAUUAUUGAAGGCAUUGGAAUCUUUAAGUUGCUGCAGAAUAUAUAAUUACACUUUGCAGUCUCUCUCCUGCUAUAAGUAUAGCGUUUACAUUCACAUCAGAAGUGCACGCAUUUGCUCUCUCUUACAAUUCUGUUCAUCUAAGUAUAUUACUCAGAAACACAUUUUCCUUGUUAUAGCAGAGCAAAUACACAGACAUGACUAUUACCAUUGAUGAAUCAAGUAGAAGCCCAACCAGGCUUGAGGGGAAACGAAGUGCCAUGGUAGUAUGCUGGAUUCUUGGACUUGGGUCUCUGGUAUCUUGGACUAGCAUGCUGACAAUAGGAGAUUACUAUUAUCAACUGUUUCCUAAAUACCAUCCUUCAAGGGUGCUCACCCUUGUGUAUCAACCAUUUGCAAUUGGAACAAUUGCAAUUCUUGCAUAUAAUGGUGAAAAGCUGAAUACAAGGAAGAGAAACUUAGCAGGAUACAUACUAUUCUUCUUGGGCACAUUUGCUCUCCUACUGUUAGAUUUAGGCACAUCAGGGAAGGGUGGGCUCGGAAAUUACAUAGGAAUUUGUGUUAUUGUUGCAUCAUUUGGAGUUGCAGAUGCCAAUGUUCAAGGUGGAGUUAUUGGGGACCUGUCUUUCAUGUGUCCUGAAUUCAUCCAAUCAUACUUAGCUGGUGUAGCUGGAUCUGGGACACUGAUUUCUGGCUUGAGGCUAGUGACAAAAGCAGCUUUUGAACACUCUAGUAAUGGUCUCCGGAAAGGAGUUAUCUUGUUCCUGGCAGUUUCGACGUUCUUUGAAUUCCUAUGUAUUAUUCUUUAUGCAUUCAUCUUCCCCAAGUUACCAAUCGUGAAAUACUAUCGCGCAAAGGCAGCUUCAGAGGGAUCAAAAACUGUUGCAGCAGAUUUAGCUGCAGCUGGCAUCACAGCCACACCAAGUGAAAGUGUUGAUGAUGCUAAGCAUGUGGGGAGGCUGAGCAACAAGAAGUUGUUCAUGGAAAACAUUGAUUAUGCAUUGGACAUCUACCUCGUAUAUGUUGUAACUUUGUCGAUUUUCCCUGGAUUUUUAUACGAGAAUACUGGAACCCACAACCUUGGCUCAUGGUAUCCUACGGUUCUGGUCGCAGUGUGCAAUCUCUGGGAUUUCAUAUCAAGAUACAUUCCCCUCAUCAAGAAACUUGAGUUAAAAUCCAGGAAGGGGCUGAUGAUAAUAACAUUAUCGCGUUUCUUGUUGAUCCCGUGUUUCUAUUUCACCGCUAAAUAUGGCGACCAGGGAUGGAUGAUCAUGCUCGUAUCUUUCCUCGGACUAACAAAUGGUUAUCUCACUGUCUGUGUCCUUACUGCUGCUCCCAAAGGUUAUAAGGGACCGGCGGCAAAUGCAUUGGGUAACAUUCUAGUAUUGUGUCUUCUUUCUGGCAUAUUUUCUGGUGUGGCUCUAGACUGGUUGUGGCUAAUUGGUAAUAGUGGGUUUUGAGGAAAAAUCAAUUAUAGAUUAUAUUAUAGUGUUAUUCAGUAUGUUUCGUAAUCUAAAUUUUACAAAGAAUGAUUUUCUUUAUGAAAAAUGAUACGUGGACUCCAAGGACUAAAACUCU